CACUUCCUGUUUCGGAUUAGGAAACGAUUGCAAUGUAAAUAGAUACAGUAGUGGCUAACGUGAAAUCACUGUAUAUUCAAUCUGAUAUGCCGAAUGAAUUGCAGUGAUUUACGUGAACUGCCAUACCGUUUAUGAGAUGGAGCACAAGGCCUGAACAUGCCUGUGUCCCUGCUGUGGGCAGUGGAUGUGUAUGGGCGUGUGUACAGCUUGUCCACCAGAGGGCAGCAGUGGGAGCAGUAUCGUGAUGCUGUGUUAGAGUUUAAGAGGGUGACGGCCGUGCAGCAGUGUUGCUGGGGUAUCGCCUGUGACCAUCACAUCUACCUGAAUGUCCACUCUAGUGAUGUUCCCAUACGCUACCAGGAGGAGACAUUCGAGAACCAGCGAUGGAAUCCCAUGGAUGACUUCUCGGAUCGCUUGUUACCGAGCGACCGCUGGCAGUGGAGUAACAUCACAGGACUGGAACAACAACCCCUUGACAGCUUCUUUCUUCCCUCGACCAACUGGGAGUGGGAGGGGGACUGGUACAUUGACGAGAACUUUGGAGGAGAGCCCACAGAGAGAGAAGGUUGGACCUAUGCCAUAGACUUCCCUGCCACCUACACCAAAGACAAGAAGUGGAACUCAUGUGUCCGUCGCAGGCGAUGGAUCCGCUACAGGAGGUACAAGGCCACAGACACCUGGGCCAAGAUCCCAUCAGAGGGUCACAGUGGUCCCCUUCCAGACCCCUUUAAUGAUAUCAGCUGUGGAGGCUGGGAGAUCAGUGAGGAGCCCAGGGGGAGGUUGUCACUGUGGGCCGUCUCUCUACAGGGCAAGGUGUGGUUUCGUGAGGGUAUCCACCACCACAGCCCAGAGGGGGAUGGCUGGGAGGAGGUGUCUCUGCCUGGGGAGGUGGUGCAGAUCAGCUGUGGUCCAGGGGACCUUGUCUGGGCCGUGCUCUGGGAGGGACAACUCAUCGUCAGGGAGGGCAUCACCAGAGACUGCCCACGAGGCUCCUCCUGGGUAGUGGUGGACUCUCCCAACCCAGAGGCCGGGGCCAUCCACGUAGCUGUGGGGGACAACGUAGUCUGGGCUGUCACCAAGGACAACAAGGUAUGGUACAGACGUGGCAUCAACUCCUAUAACCCCCGUGGUUCAGGCUGGAUCGGGAUGAUCGGGGAGAUGGUCAUGAUCAACGUGGGUCUCAACGACCAGGUGUGGGGUAUCAGCUGUGAGGACCGAGCAGUGUAUUUCCGUCAGGGUGUGACCUCCAGUGAGUUGAGUGGUAAAGCCUGGAAGGCUGUCAACGUGCCCCGAGACGGAGACACCAGGUCCCACUCCUCCGCCAGCAGUAGCAGUCUGCACAGUGCUGGUUGUUUCUUCAGUGGAGAGGUGCGAGCACAGUCUGUGAUGAGUGAAGAUUCAGACACAAAGAACGGUCCACAGAGGGCAGUCCUAGAAGUAGGGGCCUGUCCCUACUCCCCUCCCCCCGAUCCCCCUCCCGUUGACCCCGAUGUCCCCAAACCACGCAUCCCCAAGGUCACCAGCGACAGCUUCAUUUCCGAGAUGCUCUCUGACCGCAAGGUCAAACGGGAGGGGGCCACCACUGCCGGUCCCUCUAUACCAGAAGAGGAGGCCUCUCUUCGGGAAGCAGAUGCCAAGUCCCCCUCUGGCCCUGGUUCUGUCCCCCAGCCUGUCUGGAGGGCCUGGGACCCUCAAUGGAGUAACGUGGACCUAGAAGAGACCCAGACUCACCUGGCUGUGGGGCCUGCUGGGGUGAGAGGGGACGCGGCUGACACCUGUAGCCUGUCCUCUGUGGCCACCUACACCCUGUGUCAGGAGGAGCCGUAUGGGGCGGAUGAACAUCCACUCUGGGCAUGGGUCAGUGGAGGAGGCUGUGGUGUGGACUGUCACUCCCAGCUCAACUGGUUCAACUCUGCCACAGCCCUGUCAUCAUCAGUCCAGUCCAUGAGUCUGUCCAUCAGUCCAGCCCAGACAGCUGCCUGGCGGAAACAGAUCUUUGAGCAGCUCAGCGAACGCUCCAAGAGAGAGAUGGACAACUUUAAACACUAUGAACAGGCCAUAGAACAGUCCCAGUCUGUGUGGGUGAAGAAAGGGACCAUGCAGUGGUGGAGGGACUGGAAGCCCCAUAAGUGGGUGGACGUGAGGUUUGCCCUGGAGCAGUUCUCAGGACCAGAGGGAAACCAGGAUGGCAUUCUCUUCCUCUACUACAACUUCAACGAGGAGAAGAAGUACCUGCAUGCGUUCAUCAACGAGGUGACUAUCUUGGUGCCGGUGCUGAAUGACUCCAAACACACGUUUGCCGUCUACACAGCAGAGAGGACCAAACAGAGGUGGCCUAUCAGACUGGCUGCUGCCACCGAGCUGGAGAUGCACGACUGGCUGGCCCUGCUGAGUGUGUCGUGCUGUGACUCCCGGGGGGUCCAGGGUCCCCCCUCUAAACAGGCCCUCUGGUCAGUCACCUGUAAAGGAGACGUCUUCGUCUGUGAGCCUUCACCUAGCCUGGAGGCCUGUCCCUACCCCACACCCUGCGACCAGAUGUUCUGGCAUCAGGUGGGGGGCCACCUGCGUCUAGUGGAGUGUAACAGUCUGGGGGUGGUGUGGGGGGUUGGCUACGACCACACUGUCUGGGUCUACACUGGCGGCUAUGGAGGGGGAUUCUUGCAGGGUCUGGCCAGCAGCACAGAUAACAUCUACCCCCAGACAGAUGUGAAGUGUGUCUACAUUUAUGAGAACCAGAGGUGGAACCCAGUCACAGGAUAUACCAACAGAGGCCUCCCAACAGACCGUUACAUGUGGAGUGAUGCAACAGGACUGCAGGAGUGUACCAAGGCCAACACCAAGCCUCCAUCCACUCAUUGGACAUGGGUGGCAGACUGGGCCAUUGACUACGGUGUCUCUGGAGGGACAGACAGAGAGGGUUGGCAAUAUGCAGCUGAUUUCCCAACGUCGUAUCAUGGCCACAAGACCUUGAAGGACUUUGUCCGUCGUAGGCGAUGGGCCAGGAAGUGUAAACUGACCACCACAGGGCCGUGGCAGGAAGUCCCACCCAUCCCGUUGAGUGACGUGACCAUCAUCCCGUGUGGAGCACAGAGCAUUGUUGAGCCGAUCCCUCUGUGGGCCAUCAGUAACAAGGGAGACGUGCUCUGUAGACUGGGAGUCACCCUACUGACGCCUGCUGGGACAUCAUGGCUCCAUGUGGGCACAGACCAGCCCUUUAAAUCUAUCUCCAUUGGUGGGGCCAACCAGGUGUGGGCCAUUGCCAGGGAUGGCUCUGCUUUCUACAGGGGCUCCGUGACCGCACAGAGCCCUUCAGGAGACUGCUGGUACCACAUCCCCUCUCCAGUCAGGCAGAAGCUCCAACAGGUGUCUGUAGGGAGGACGUCAGUCUACACAGUGGAUCAACAUGGUAACCUGUGGUUCAGACAGGGCCUGACUCCUAGCUGCCCCCAGGGAUCGUCAUGGGAACACAUCUCUAACAAUGUACGCAAGGUCUCCGUCGGACCUCUUGACCAGGUGUGGAUCAUAGCUGACAAGGUGCAAGGCAGCCACAGUCUGAGCUGUGGGACAGUCUGUCACCGUCUGGGGGUUCAGCCCAUGGAGCCAAGCGGACAGUCGUGGGACUAUGGCAUCGGGGGUGGCUGGGACCACAUCACUGUGAGAGGGAACUCCAUCGAGGCUCCCCGUGUCCGUAUGCCCUCCCUUACCGCCUCCCUGACGGACCCCCUCCACACCCAUCCACCCCGCAGACCGCUCUCCUUCAGGAACACAGAGGAGAACGGGAACGCUGUCAGCAGUAAUGACUGGCGGCCAACACACGUGACUGGCAGCCAACACACGUGACUGGCAGCCAACACACGUGACUGGCAGCCAACACACGUGACUGGCAGCCAACACACGUGACUGGCAGCCAACACACGUGACUGGCAGCCAACACACGUGACUGGCAGCCAACACACGUGACUGGCAGCCAACACAGGUGACUGGCAGCCAACACAGGUGACUGGCAGCCAACACACGUGACUGGCAGCCAACACACGUGACUGGCAGCCAACACACGUGACUGGCAGCCAACACACGUGACUGGCAGCCAACACACGUGACCGGCAGCCAACACACGUGACCGGCAGCCAACACACGUGACCGGCAGCCAACACACGUGACCGGCCGGCAGCCAACACACGUGACCGGCAGCCAACACACGUGACCGGCAGCCAACACACGUGACCGGCAGCCAACACACGUGACCGGCAGCCAACACACGUGACCGGCAGCCAACACACGUGACCGGCAGCCAACACACGUGACCGGCAGCCAACACACGUGACCGGCAGCCAACACACGUGACCGGCAGCCAACACACG